GUGAGAGGAUGGAGCUGGCUAGGUUCGUGAAAUCCGAUGUUGUGGCGAGGGAAUUUAGGAAUGUGAUGGUUGUUGGGAAGGCGGAUUUAGUCACUUACAGAGGGCCUAGUAUGAUGGCUUCCACACUCCAUGCUGUCGCUAUUCUCUUGAAGAAGGCCAAUAAUUGGGAUUGGUUUAUCAAUCUUAGUGCUUCGGAUUACCCUCUCAUGCCUCAAGACGAUAUCCUGCACAUUUUCUCAUAUUUGCCUAGGGAUCUGAAUUUUCUUGAGCAUUCAUCAAAUCUUGGCUGGAAAGAGUGAGCAUUCUUUUCCAUGCAUUGAUGCAUCCAUAUUCCCCAACACUGUUUCAGAGGGCUAGGCCUAUAAUCCUUGAUCCUGGCAUAUAUCAUGCGAAGAAGUCUGGUGUAUUUUGGGCAAAGGAGAAAAGGUCAAUGCCUGCUGCUUUCAAGCUGUUCAUGGGAUCUGAAUGGGUUAUGCUCACCAGGUCAUUUCUGGAAUUCUGCAUUUGGGGAUGGGACAAUCUCCCGCGCACCCUUCUAAUGUACUAUACCAAUUUCCUCUCCUCUCCUGAGGGCUACUUCCACACUGUUGUCUGCAAUCACAAAGACUAUCAGAAUACAACAGUGAACCAUGACUUGCACUACAUAAAAUGGGAUAAUCCCCCAAAGAUGAACCCCAUGAAUUUAACAGUGGAGCAUUUUGAGGACAUGGUCCAAAGUGGUGCUCCAUUUGCUCGUACUUUUGCCGUGGGUGAUUCCGUUCUUGAUAAGAUCGAUAAGGAACUCUUGAGAGGAUCUAACAACCGCCUAAUUUCCCUGGGUGGUUGGUGUGUCGGGAAAGAUCCUUGUAUACCAACUGGCGGUUCUGAUGCAACUAAACCUUCUGCAGGGUCAAGAAGGUUGGAGAAACUUGUUCUCAAGCUCCUUGGUUCUGAAUAUUUCAGGCUUAGUCAGUGUAAAUAAUUUGUCCUGAGUGCUUAUUUUGUUUGAAAAUAUCAGUUUCUCUAUUCUUUCCAUCCUUCCUAGGUUUUAUCUAACUGAGUCUUUUAUUAUGUGUUUUAUUAAAGAAAAAUGGAAAUGAUUACUAGCUUCUAAGAAUCACUCACCUUUUUUUAUGGAAGGUAUUAUUAAAGGAACCAAAAUGUAAUUUACAUCCAAGCACAUGGACAUACCCCUA